AUGGUAGCUAACUCUUUUUUGGUCUUCUAUAAAAGAGCUGAGGAAGAGAAGGAAGAAGACCCCUUUUGUGCCGCGUCCAAAGAAUUCUAUGCUGCUCACUGCCACAAUGAAGUAAUUGUAGUCUGUGGGGGCUUUGUGGCCCGGGGGAGACAUCGGGUCUCUGAUUUCACUCACCUCACCAAGGGGCCAUCUUCAAUAACACAACUGACGUUUGGUUAUUACAUGUUUAUUGAGACAUUUGUUAUACCGAGGAGAGGAGUUUAUGAGGACAAGUUAAUUCAUUCACAGCCAACAGCAUCAGACCUGAAACGGCCGGACAAAGAGCUCGCUGGAAUGGCCUCCAGUACAUUGAAAAAGGUUUCUUCCGAGGCCAUGCGUUUUGUAGUUCUUGGCCUUCUUCUACCAUCAGUAUUAGUGUCAGGUCAAGCACCAGUCACGCCCACUGGCAGUGCUGCGGGCUCAACAGCGCAAGGCACAACUGCCAGUGGCAUGACCGCAGCCAACACUGGAACAAUGAGCCAGAUGUCGCCGAGCCCUGGCAGCUCAGGAGCCAACACUCAGCCCGGAGCGUCCACUCCUGAUCCAGUCACGUCCAUGAUGACCUCAGGUCUGACGGGAACACCAGCCACCAUGACCUCCAGCUUCCAAACUCAAAUAAUGACAACUCAGGAUUCAAUUCAAAGUGCCACCACUGGUGUAAAUGGGACCAGCUCCUCCAAUGACACCAUGUUGAACUGUCCAUCAUUCACCUGUAAUUACUCAGACUGCAACAUGAUGUACACCACUGCAAAUCAUACUGCCUGCGCUGAUGGCUACUGUCAGCUCAUCCGGCAGAUGGACAUGUGCUACACAGUCAGCUGCGCCGCCUCCUGUGUAGUAACCUGCACCAACUCUUCUCAAACCAACUGCUCCGUCAACUGCUGCAACACAACCAACUGCCUCAGUGGCGACUUCGCAGCCAUGGCAAUGACAACGGCAACAAUGCCAGGAGCAUCGACCGCGUCUAUGACGACCUCCAUGAUGACCACGGCACCGCAAACAACUGCAGAUAACGGAAACAAAUGUCACUCAGCAACAUGUACCGGUGCUACUUGUUACACCAAUUUCAAGACUGUGCAGAAAUGCUCCUCCACACAGUCACACUGUCAGCUGAAAAAGGAGGCUACAAACGCUGGCACGAAGUGGACAGCAGGCUGCACCACCGACUGCUCGGCCCAAACAGCAUGUAAAUCAUCCACGCAACCACCAUGUCAGCUGGAGUGCUGCACAGCCACAACAAGUUCCUGUUUGUUCCUCAACGGUACAUUGAACGUCUACGACUCCUCAUUUGCAAGUCGACUUCACGGCCAUAUAGAAGUGGUAACCUCCUCGCUGUGCCUGUUGGCCAUUGGUUUCCUGCUGUAGGAGCGAAGAGUUUAGCUCAAUGACUUUUAAGGGAACCAGGUUGAUUUAUAUCUGUGGCUUUUCAAUAUAUUAUUGUCAUUAUCUCAUGCCAAUAUGUGACGUAUGUGCAGUGAUUUAACUUUGGGGUUCAUUAAUUUCAUUUUUAAUUCAUUUUUAAAUUAAACAUCAGCAUCAGAGCAUGUUCAUCAUUCUGCUAAUCAGUUAUGUAAAUCUUAUUGUUUGUUUGUUUUUUUUUUACUUGCACUGAUCGAAUACAUAUUAAUCUUUUUGAAACUACCAAGAUUUGUUCCUGCCCUACAAGCCAUCGUCAACAGCUAUGACUACAUGCACUUUACGCAGCACAAAUGUUGAGCUGUCAGAGGUGACGCUGUGAGGAAGACUUCUUAGACUUGCACCAUCGGAUAUGCUGAAGUUUCGUCUGUACAUGCUCUCAAUAGGGUUACGAUUAUCUCA